AUGUCAGAUCUUGUUGCUAACGAACCAGCACCGGAGCCAGCUGCCGCGCCAGUUGAAGUCCAAGAAGCCGAAAAAACGGCCCCAAAGCCCGUCCUGUCACCUGCGCCUGUGCCCACCACAUCGCCAUGGAAAGCAGUAGCAACGACACCUGCUUCGGGUGAAGCGAUUGCUAAUGGGUCCUCGAAAUGGCCAUCAACCCAAGAAGCUGUCGAAACCCUGGAAAAACGCUCCAAGUUCGUUCCUCCCAUUCCUGCAAUCAAACCUACAUCGGGCAGAGAAAGAUGGCUCCCAAUGCAGGCGUCUAUCGUUGUGUCGGGGUCCAAGAGAAGUGGUGGAAACAACAGCAACAACAACAACAACAUGAACAACGGCAAUCACACGAACGGCAACCACUCUGGCCCCGGCAACAGACGCGGUCAGUCUGGCAGAAGACCUCGUAGGGUCAACAACAACAACAGCACAGGAACGGGGUCAAGUGGCAGCAACGCCAACAGGACAAAAAAACAGCUUGACCCAGCAGGUUCCAAGCAAGCUGUCAAGAAAGACCAGCAAACCCCCUCGGAAAACAGCACUUCGGCUGACGCCGAUUCUUCUACAAUUGAUGACGCGAAGAAUGCGGUAUCACCAAACUCGGAAAUUGGUGAGGCAACGCAUCAUCACAACGAAAACAGCUUCGAAGGAAACGCUUCUGACGUUUCCCAACCGCAUGAGCAUCAUCAUAACUCGAGAGCCAACUUUCACGGGAGAAAUCAUCACGGUCAAGGAUACCCCAGAAGACGAAACCACCACCAGGGGCACGACGCAGAGUCGCACGGAUCUUUCAGAUCCCAUCACUCUCACUCGCAAUACCCAUCAAAGCACCAUUACGGUUCGUUUGGCCAGCCUCGCUCUUACCGCUCUAGAACCUCACAUAAGGGGGACCAUGACGGAUUUUACGCCUCUCAGCCUCCUCAUCCAAUUGUUGCCGUCAACAACAUUGCAAGACAGAUCGAGUAUUACUUCAGUGUUGAAAACUUGACUAAGGAUGAGUAUCUACGCUCUCAAUUUGCAAGCGACGGCUUCGUGCCACUUUCCUUAAUUUCCAAGUUUUACAGAAUUGUGAACAUGUCUUUCGGGGGAGAUGCUUCUCUCAUUAUGGGCGCCUUAAGAGAAAUUGUUGCCAACGAGACUGCCACUGUCGAUGUUGCCCUCGCGCAAAAUGACGCCGCUGAAACUUCUUUGGAUCACUACCUUGUGAGAUCCAAGGAAUGGCAGCAAUGGGUUUCCGAAGCAGACAACAGCGACCAGGCUGCUCAGGCGGAGACAAAUGACAAGAAGAUCUUGCUGAACGAGGAGUUGGAUUCUUUCCGCAUUCAGCCACCAGUACUUGCAUCAGACCCAACAGAAGCUCCACAGGGCGACGAAGAGCACCACCAUGAAGCUUCGGCUCAAACUGAGGCCAACGAUGAUGAUCAAUCUUAG